UUUGGGGAUGGACACAUGACUCCGGAGGAAUUUCCCCCGUUGCUCCCGUCCUUUGUUUAACCGAGGCUUUUUAUUGGGAGGCAGAGAGUGAGAGGCAGAGGAGAGGGGGAGACAGAGAGAAGAGAGAGGGUGACGGAGAGAUGUCGGAACCAGCCACUAACCCCGCUGCCACCUCGUUCCCAGCGCCAACGAUUUCCCUACCUUUGGGACUGGAAGUAUUGAGGACUUACUCUGGAGCCCUUGUCUCUUUAGAAAUAUUAUUUGGUGGUUUAGUAUGGAUCCUUGUGGCUUCCUCCAAUGUGCCCGUGCCUCUGCUGCAGGGCUGGGUGAUGUUUGUCUCCGUCACCGCUUUCUUCCUUUCGUCCGCCUACCUCACGCUCCUCAUCACUGGCCUGGCUGACCGCAUCAACACUGACUGGAACUUCUUGGAUGUGUUUUACCAUUUUGUAGCUUUGCUUUUCUACUUUGCUGCCUUCGUGUUGGAGGCAGCAACUACAGCAGCAAACGGAGGAGCCCACAUCAAGCCACUGCCUAACAGCACUGAAACCGUCAUGUGCAUAACCUACCCUCGAGGCAAUAUAUUCACAGUCCUGAGUGACAAGCAAUACAGUAUUAAUGUGGCGGCCACGAUAUUUGCAUUUGUAGCGACACUAUGCUACGGCUGCAGUAUGGUGAUGGGGUUCAAGAGGUGGAGGAUGUAACCAGAACCAACAAACUAAUUUUACAAAUGCUUCAUAACUUCAGCAUGUAUUAUAACAUCAGAGCACCAUUCAAAUCUCCAUAGAGAGCACUGCUAUAUACAAACUAUAUUAUUUCCUGAUGGGAAACUCCUGUCAGCAAGCGAUCACAGCAUCAAAGCUACACUGGCAAAGUGUAGCUGACAAAGUUUCUGCCUCAGUCAAAACAUCUGUCAAGAAUUCUGGAGAAUGACUGUUAAGGGUAUUUUGAGAACAGUGUUAAAGAAUAGGAGUUAUUGUCCAGUUAGCAGCGUUUUAAUUUUAUUCCUCUACUGCUAAUCUGAUGAUUUCACAGUUUGCAGCUUCCCUUAAUAUUGCCAGGAAAAUCUACAUGGGAAGGUUUUGCAUUUUGAGGCUAUACAGAAUAAUUCUGAAAGAUGUAAGUGAUGCCUCUGACAGUUACGGUUUUGUUUUCUUACCCACUUUGUUAAUGUUACAGAUAUUAACCCAUUUCCUAAGUCACAUCCUCACUGGAAGAAAUGUUUUCAGUCACCGCAAAAACAUGUCUAUGUAUGCUGCUAAAGGGAUAAGCACAACAGGACAUUUAAAAAAAAUGUUUUGGAAAGAUCCUGAAAAGCAAAGUGAUUGUUUUCACUGUCCUCCAGUUACCUUGGUGCUAAGGAGCUGCAAAGUCACUCUAGAUUUAACAACUGUUCUUAUAUUUUUUAUGUGGCCAUUAUUUAAAAUGUGAAUUGAUCCGAUAUUUGAAUUUCAAAGUUUUGAUUACUUUUUAUGAGCACUUUUUAUUAAAUUUUCUCAGUAUAUCUGGCAUAACAAUUUCUCCCAAUAUUGUAAUUUUGUGCUACUCUGUCAAUAUUUAUCACAUAAUAGUAUCUGUUGCUGUUUGAACUUUCUGAGUGCUGUCCUGUAUGGAUAACUCCUGUGACUUACUACCAACCAAAGUCUGGGUUCAAUAAAUCUUAUUGUGGUGAGAUCUACUACAAACUAAUCAUUUAAUUUGAGCAUCAAUAAAAAUCAUUUUAUCAGCUACUAUAUUGAAAACUGAUUAGUGGAUUGUUUAAAUAUACAGUAUGUUUUUAGUGUUUGACCAUUAUUGUAACUGUAUUGAUACAUCAUUAAAUUGUCCAAAUCAAUAACUCUUACUUGCUACAUGAUUUAUAGUUGUAUUUAUUGUAUACUUUUGUUUGCAAUAGGCUAUUAAAAUGUUAUUAAUUUAAAGUAGUUGAAAAAUGAAGCAUUGUUGAUUUUGACACUUGCUGUUUGUGACUUUUUAAAAUGUAUUUUAGAACUACAGAAAUAAAGGUUUUGAAGAAAAAAAGCA